GCGGGCACCCCCUCCCCCUUCGCGGGAGCGCUCCGAGCGGGAGAAGACGGGGAGCGGCGCGCCCGGCGGGAGCGUAAGAUGGCGGCGUAGCCGGAAGCUUUGGCUGCUCUGGUUCCGGACCUGGAGCCGCAGAGAUCGCUGAGCAAAGAGCGCCCGGGGUAGUUGGCCAAGAUGCCGAAUAUCAAAAUCUUCAGCGGCAGCUCCCACCAGGACUUGUCCCAGAAAAUUGCCGACCGCCUGGGCCUGGAGCUAGGCAAGGUGGUGAGUAAGAAAUUCAGCAACCAGGAGACCUGUGUUGAAAUCGGCGAAAGCGUCCGCGGAGAGGACGUCUACAUCGUCCAGAGUGGCUGCGGUGCGGUUAAUGACAACCUAAUGGAGCUUCUGAUCAUGAUGAACGCCUGUAAGAUUGCCUCCGCCAGCCGGGUCACCGCAGUCAUCCCGUGCUUCCCGUACGCCCGGCAGGACAAGAAGGAUAAGAGCCGGGCUCCCAUCUCAGCCAAGCUGGUUGCGAAUAUGCUCUCCGUUGCAGGUGCAGAUCAUAUUAUUACCAUGGACCUUCAUGCUUCUCAAAUUCAGGGCUUUUUUGAUAUCCCUGUGGACAAUUUGUACGCAGAACCAGCUGUCCUGAAGUGGAUAAGGGAGAAUAUACCUGAGUGGAGAAACUGCACUAUUGUCUCACCCGAUGCGGGGGGAGCUAAGAGAGUUACCUCCAUUGCAGACCGUUUGAAUGUUGACUUUGCCUUGAUUCACAAAGAACGGAAGAAGGCCAACGAAGUGGACCGCAUGGUGCUGGUAGGAGACGUGAAGGACCGGGUGGCCAUUCUGGUGGAUGACAUGGCUGACACUUGUGGCACGAUCUGCCAUGCAGCCGACAAACUUCUUGCAGCUGGAGCCACCAGAGUUUAUGCUAUCCUGACUCACGGGAUCUUUUCUGGCCCUGCCAUUUCCCGCAUUAACAAUGCAUGCUUUGAAGCAGUGGUGGUCACCAAUACCAUCCCUCAGGAGGAUAAGAUGAAGCAUUGCUCUAAAAUACAGGUGAUCGACAUCUCCAUGAUUCUUGCAGAAGCCAUCAGGAGAACUCACAAUGGGGAAUCUGUUUCCUACCUCUUCAGCCAUGUCCCUUUAUAAUACAAUAGAAUAACUUCUGAGGCUUUUAAAAAAUAAAGUGAACCCCUUCCCUUGUUUUCCCUUGGUGUUUGAUGGAAAAUUCAGCAGAAGCCCCAGCUUGCUCCAGUAGCUUUCUACAUCCCAUUCCAGGUAUAUUAACUUUUCUCCAAAACUAGGGAAAAACAGAUUGAGAUUACUUAAAUUUCCUACCUACAUUGUCUCGUUCUGGCUUCUUUGAUUUUGUGGGCCUUGCAGCUUUAUAACUCGGCUUCUGCAAGACUUCAGACUUCGAAGGGUGUUGUGUGGGGGUGUUUGAAUGUGUUUGGGGGAGCUCUGACUGCUUUUUAUGUGAAUGCUUCUGGGAUCCCUAGGUUCAGAACUACUAGCAACAGAUCCAAAACACCCCAAAAACAACAA